ACAAAAAGUGGCUCCUCCUCAGUCCUACCUUCGCCUCUGUUUGUGCGUGCAUCUCAAUCACCGCUCAACUCGCUCGCUUCGACUAGUGGGAUGACGCCAGCGUGUAAUAGGUUUAAACGCAACUUUUAGUUCUGCGAAGCCAUACAGACAUAUCAACAACCACUUCACCUGGACUUUGGGGAAAACGCCGACAUUUAUUAGAAAACUUGAUGUAGCUUACACUUUUUUUUGUUUUUGCACAAUUAACACUUCCCUCUCUUAAUACAAGUCUGCUGUGAACAUUUUUGGGUUUAUUGCUUUUUCUUCCUUAUGUCCCGAAAAUCCAGCGAUAAUGACUAUAACCUUCGGAGCAUGAGCAACCUGAUGGGCGAGAGGAGGAAGAAAGUGAGCGACGAUGGAGAGCGGAGUCUCAUCAAGGCUCCCUCCAACGCGAGCAUCGCCAGCCAGGCGAACGCCGCCACGGCCGCCACCGCCACCGCCACCGCCGCCGCCUCCGCCUCCUCCACCGGGGACUUGGAGCGAGCGGCGCGCAAGCAGUUCCAGCAGGAUGUCACGCCCGCCUUCGUCUACGUCCUGGCGGUCUUCUCCGCCCUGGGGGGCUUCCUGUUCGGCUACGACACCGGCGUGGUGUCCGGAGCCAUGCUCCUGCUCAAGAAGGAGAUGAAUCUGAGCGCGCUCUGGCAGGAGGUGCUGGUCUCGAGUACUGUGGGCGCCGCGGCGCUCUCCGCCCUGGCCGGCGGCUUUCUCAACGGGCUCUUCGGGCGCCGGGUGUGCAUCUUGCUGGCGAGCUUCAUCUUCACUGUCGGGGGUGUGGUGCUGAGCACGGCCCCGAAUAAGGAGGUUCUCCUGGUCGGACGCAUUAUAGUUGGACUCGGAUUAGGUAUUGCCUCGAUGACGGUGCCGGUCUACAUCGCCGAGUCUUCUCCCCCCCAGCUGAGGGGUCAGCUGGUCACCAUCAACACCCUGUUCAUCACGGGCGGCCAGUUCAUCGCCAGCCUGGUGGACGGCGCCUUCAGCUACCUGCGGCACGACGGCUGGAGGUACAUGCUGGGUCUGUCUGUGGUUCCGGCAGUUCUGCAGUUCCUGGGGUUCCUCUUCCUGCCGGAGAGCCCGCGCUGGCUGAUCCAGAGGGGCCUGACCCAGAAGGCCCGGCGGGUUCUGAGCCAGAUCCGAGGGAACCAGAACAUCGACGAGGAGUACGACAGCAUCAAGAGCAGCAUCGAGGAGGAGGAGAAGGACUGCGUAGGAGGAGGACCUGUGAUCUGGCACAUGCUCACCUACCCCCCCGCCCGGCGGGCGCUCAUCGUGGGCUGCGGCCUCCAGAUGUUCCAGCAGCUGUCCGGGAUCAACACAGUCAUGUAUUACAGCGCCACCAUCCUGCAGAUGUCGGGAGUGCGGGACGACAAGCUGGCCAUCUGGCUGGCGUCGGCCACAGCCUUCACCAACUUCCUGUUCACGCUGCUGGGGGUGUGGCUGGUGGAGCGGGUGGGCCGCAGGAAGUUGACGCUGGGCAGCAUCGUGGGUACCGGACUGAGUCUGACCCUCCUGGCCGUCGGGUUCCUUCUGUCUGCCCAGCACACGCCUCCCGUGACCCUCCACCCAAGUGACCCAUCCACACCCAACUCCACCUGCUCCCGAUACGGGUCAUGUGAGCCCUGCAUGCUGGACCCGGCCUGCGGGUUCUGUUACCGUGAGAACAGCAGCUCUGUGUUCGCCACCUCCUGCGUCCCCAUCAGCCCGGCCUACACGGGGCAGGCGGCCUGGGGGAGGUGCUCCAACGCCACCCAGACCAAAGACGGAACAUACUGGGCCUACAACUACUGCCCCACCUCCUACUCCUGGAUCGUCCUCCUGGGGCUCAUUCUCUACCUGGCCUUCUUCGCCCCAGGGAUGGGGCCCAUGCCUUGGACGGUUAAUUCGGAGAUCUACCCCUUGUGGGCCCGGAGCACAGGGAACGCCUGCUCGGCGGGGGUCAACUGGACCUUCAACGUCCUGGUCUCCCUCACCUUCCUGCACGUGGCGCAGUACCUCACCUAUUAUGGUGCGUUCUUCCUCUACUCCGGCCUGGCCCUGCUGGGCUUCCUCUUCAUCUACGGCUGCCUGCCGGAGACCAAGGGCCGGCGGCUGGAGGAGAUCGAGUCGCUGUUCGAGAGCCGGCUGUGCUCCUGCGGCGCCUCCGACGCCGACGAGGGCCGGCAGAUCGAGUACAUCCGCGUCAAGGGGAGCAACUACCACCUGUCCGACAACGACGCCUCCGACGUGGAGUGACGCCGCCCCCCUCUCCCCCCCUCUC